AUGUCCUCAUUCUGUGCCUCCCCUGACACAGGGGUGAAGAUGGAGGAGGUGAGCUCCCACCCCACGCACUCCUCCACCUGCUCUCCUCCCUCCCCUCGGGACCACGGCAUCAUGCUGUACAUGGCGGAGCUGAACGAGGAGGACUUACAGGCAUUCAAGCAGCUCUUGGCGAGCCAGCUGAGCCCUGACAUCUCCAGCGAGCAGCUGGGAAGAGCCAGCUGGGCAGAGGUGGUCCAUCUUUUGACGGAGUGCUUCCCGGGGAGACGGGCCUGGGAGGUGACUCACGACAUCUUCACCACAAUGGGCCAGGAGGAAAUGUGUGUUCUGGUACAGGAAGAGCUCAGUGGCCUUCUACUGACCCUGGAGCCUGAGAAACUGGACCCAAGAGAUGCAGAGAUGGAGCUGAAGAAGGAAGAAUUAGACAAAAUCCAGGAGUACAAGCUGCAUGUGCGAGAGGCCUACAGCCCCCCGUGGGACCCGACAGUCUGGCCUGGGGACCAGGAGGACUUCCUGUACCAAGAUGCUGACCAGCACUGCCGACUCCUGCCAUGCCUGCUCCUCCCACAGAAACCUCGGGGGACGCAGCCCAGGACAGUGGUGGUGCAGGGGGCGCCAGGGAUCGGGAAAACCACCCUGGCCAAGCAGGUGAUGGUGGCGUGGGCACAAGGGGAGUUCUACCCGCACAGGAUGAGGUUUGCCUUCCACCUGCGCUGUCAGGAGCUGAGGCGCUUGGCCCGGCACAGCCUCUCCGGACUCAUCCGGCAGAAGUGCCUGGCGUCUCGGGGUCUGGUAUCUAAGGUCCUGUCCAGACCCCACCAGCUCCUGUUUGUCGUGGAUGGCUUUGAGGAGCUGACAUUCUCCCUCCCCAAGGGCCUGGGGGAGCUGAGCGAUGACUAUAGCCAGAGACUGCCCGGCCCUGUUCUCCUGAGAAGUUUGCUGAGUAAGAAGAUGCUUCCAGAAGCCACGCUCUUGCUUGUGCUCAGACCCACGUCCUGGUCUAUAGUCGGGCCCUUGCUGACUCACCCAACUCUUGUCACCCUGACUGGGUUCAGUGAGUGUGAAAGGAUCCGAUAUUUCAGGGUGUACUUCCAGGACACCCAACAGGCCGAUCUUGCGGUGAACUUCACCAUGGAGAACGCGUCGCUUUUCUCCCUGUGCCGGGUCCCUGCCGUCUGUUGGCUGGUUUGUCACUGCCUCAAAGAGCAAAUGAGGAAACCAGCCGGCCUCGCGGAGACCUGUCCCAAUGCCACCUCGGUGAUCGCCCUGUCCCUGUCCCCCUUCUUCCAAAACUGGGCCAAGACCCUGCCCAGGCCGACCCGCCAGAAGCACCUGGAGGGCCUCUGCCAGCUGGCGGCGCGGGGCAUGUGGCGGGUGAGGUCUGUGUUCAACAGCCAGGAGCUGGCACGGGCCUCGGUGGACGAGGCCAUCCUCGCUGCCUUCCUGGGUGGGAACAUCCUGCGACCCGCCAGCCGGGGCCCUCGCUUCGCCUUCACACUGUUCAUCUUCCAGGAGUUUUUCGCCGCCCUCUUCUACGUGCUCUCCUUUCCCCAGAGGCUCCAGAGCUAUCGCAUCCUAGGCCGCGUGGAAGUCCAGUGCCUGCUGGCCAGUCCCGGGGGCAGCCGGAACUCCCUGUCCUUGCUGGGCCUCUUCCUGUUCGGCCUCUUGAACGUGGCCUGUGCCACAGCGGUGGAGAGAGCCCUGGGCUGCAGGCUGGGCCAGGGGAACAAGAACAAGGUGCUGAAAGUGGUGGCCGGGCUCCCCAGUUCCCCACCACAGCCCCCCUGUUGCGGAGUCCCCCAGAUCUUCUACUGCCUGGCGGAAAUCCUGGAGGACGAGGCCCUGCGGCAGGCGCUGGGCAGCUUCCAGACCGUUCCUCUGAAGAUCAGCAGCUGUGAAGACCUCCGGGCCUGUGCACUCAGCCUGCCGCGCUGCGAGGAUCUGAAGGGGAUGGAGUUGAGUCUCGCACGCAGCUCCUGCAGCCAGCCAGGCUGGGGCCCCGGGCCCAGCCCCGAGGAUGCCCCCAGGAGAACAGACCUGAUCCAUGGCUGGUGGCGAGAAAUCUGCUCGGUGCUGGGGACUCACGAGGGCCUGGAAGCCCUGACCGUGGUUGACAGCGCGAUGGAAGUCCCAUUCACCAGGGAGCUGGCCGUGGCCCUGACCCAGCCCCGCUGCAGAGUCCAGAGACUGUGCCUACGGCGUGUGGGGCCUGGCACGCUGCACAGGGCCCUGUUCCAAGUUCUGAUCGACAAUCAGCGCCUACAAGUCUUGGAAAUAGAGAACACAGAGGUGGGGCGCGAGGCCAUGAAGGCGCUGUGUGAGGUGCUCAAGUCGCCCCGGUGUUGUCUACGCUGCCUGAAGCUGGAAUGCUGUCAGAUCGCUGACCAGGACUGGGAUGACCUUGCCAGUGACCUUCAAAGCAACCUGUUCCUGAAGACUCUGCUGCUGAGGGGGAGCAGCUUGGCUGAGCAGGGAGUAGCUUACCUGGCUGUUGGGCACCUGGAGAAGCUGGCGCUGGAGGACUGUGGCCUCACAGAGGCCUUGGGCGGAGCUCUGGCCCUGGGUCUCAAGCACAGCAAGCGGCUCACGCACCUGAGCCUGGCGGGAAAUGCCCUGAAGGAUGGAGCCGGGAGGCUGAUCUGGAAGGCCCUGGAAAACCUGGUGUGUCCCCUAAGGAGACUCGUGCUAAGGAAUUGUGCCCUGACCUCCGCUUGCUGUCCGGAAAUGACCUCCGCUCUCAAAAGCAACAAAACCCUGCGAAGUCUGGACCUGAGUUGUAACGGCCUGGGGGACACCGGGAUGGGCCUGCUCUGCCAGGUGCUGGCUCAGCCUGGCUGUCACCUGCAGGUCCUAGAGCUGGAGGGGUGCCUCCUCACCUCCGCCAGCUGCCCGACCCUGGCCACCAUGCUGCACAGCAACCGGAGGCUCCAGCACCUGGACCUGAGCCAGAAUGACAUUGGCCUCGAGGGCGUGCUCACCCUGAACAGAGCCUUCUCCGGGCGGUGGGACAUAGAGGAGGUUCUCCUGCACAGGAGAGUGUUUGGCCAGGUGGAUGUGCAGAUGAGAUUGAAGGGCCCAGUGGCACAAGAGGGCCGCCUAAAGGUCAUCCAGGACUGGUACACCCACAACGCCUGAGGUCACCUGGGACUGGCACAC